AUGAACAACCAGUUUCAUUCAAGUUUAUCAACGUACACGAGACCCGAUUUGUUUCCUACUGGAGACGAUGAUGAAGAGCUUUUUGGCAUCAUGGCCGAAUGUGUUGAUUUGCUUGAACAAGGUGAAUCAUCAAGACCAUACAUACCCCGUAUGGUCGUCGAAAGAGAUCGAUAUAGUGCUGACGAGCGACUAAUGACAGCUUACUUUAACGAAAACCCAGAGUAUUCGUUGAAGAGCUUUAAGCGACGAUUCCGAAUGUCUAGACCUAUGUUCAUGCGCAUUGUGAACGACAUAAUAGCAUACCCAUCUCGCAAUCCAGGUCCUGUGCCUUUGCAUUUUAAAAGAAUGCAAGACAAGCAGCUUGAUACCCGAGGAAAGCCUGGUUUCAGCACCAUCCAAAAGUGUGUAUGCGCCAUAAGUCAAUUGGCGUAUGGCUACAAUCCCGACUCGCUUGACGAGUAUCUACAGAUGGGUGAAGAAACAACAAGGUGUUAUCUAGACUAUUAUUGUAAGUGUGCGUUCGAACUUUACAGGGAUGAAUACUUGCGUAGACCAACACCGGAGGACAUACAACGCUUGUACGCUCGACAUGAAGAGCUUCAUGGCUUCCCAGGCAUGCUUGGAAGCAUUGAUUGCAUGCACUGGCCUUGGAAGAACUGUCCCAAGGCAUGGCAAGGUCAGUUUACGCGUGGUGAUCACGGUCAUCUAACCAUCAUGAUUGAAGCAGUAGCUUCAUACGAUAGAUGGAUCUGGGAAAUCAUUGAAGAUCGUGCACCUGAUAACUCGUUCACUGUUAAUGGCACCCACUAUAAAAAGGGUUACUAUCUCGCAGACAGCAUUUAUCCCGAAUGGUCGACUUUUGUAAAGUCGUAUUCAUGCCCUCAAGAUGAGAAGCGGAAGAAAUUUAAAAAGUUUCAAGAAAGUGCCCGGAAGGAUGUCGAGCGUGCCUUUGGAGGGCUUCAAAACUCAUGGCACAUUCUAACCCAACUAGCAAGAUCAAAAAGCGUGAAUCGGAUCACUCGAACAAUGUACGCCUGUGUUAUAUUGCAUAACAUGAAGGUUGAAGACGCAGGGUAUGCCAUAACUCGAGGAUGGAGACGACAUUGA